AUGAGGUCCGUCUUCGUGGCUGCCACGCGGCAGCACGUUGGAAAGUCCACCACCUCGCUCGGCCUCCUCGCCGCUCUCUCCUCCCGUGUCCCGCUCGAGUCGAUCGGCUACCUCAAGCCCGUCGGGCAGCAGCACGUGGAGGUGCAGGCGGCGGCGGAGGGCGCGCCGCCUCUCCGGGUUGACAAGGACUGCCGGCUCGCGAAAGAAUACUUUGGGCUUCGGUGCGAGUACAAGCACAUGUCGCCGGUGCUGAUGCCGCGAGGCUUCACGAAGAGCUAUGUGGACGGCGAGAUCGACAUGGAGCGGCAGAAGCAGGCGCUGCUGCACGCCUGGGAGGCGCUGCGGGCGGCGCACCCGAACGUGGUCGUCGAGGGCACCGGCCACAUGGGGGUCGGCUCCAUCGUCGGCCUCGACAACGCCGCCGUCGCGAAGCUGCUCGGCCUCGAGGUCGUCCUCGUCUGCGAAGGCGGGCUCGGCUCCGCGUUUGACGAGCUCUCGCUCAACCUCGCCGUCUGCGCCGCGCAGGGCGUCAAGGUGCGCUGCGUGGUGCUCAACCGCGUGCAGCCGGCGAAGGUGGAGAUGAUGCGCGACUACCUCGGGCGCGCGCUGGGGCGGAUCGGCGUGCCGCUGGCCGGGCUCGAGCCCUUCCUCGCGGCGCCGUCGAUGGGCGACUUUGCGAAGCUGCUCGGCCAGCGUCUCAUUUCGGGCGAGGGGCACGGCGAGGAGCACGUGCUUCGCCACUGCGGCGGCGUGCAGUUUGUCACUUGCAGCGUGCGCCGAUUCGAGGAGCGGCUGGCUGAGGGAGAGUACAGCGACCGGCUCCUGGUCGUGCAUGGCUCGCGGCUGGGCAUCCUGGAGGCGUGCCUGCGGCACCACGCACAGACGGGCGAGAUCCGCGGCGGAGUCAUUUUCACUGGCACGCGGCACUCGUGGGCGCCGGACGAGCCCAUCCUCGCGCGGCUGCGCGAGUCGCGCAUCCCGACGAUGCACGCGCCGCUGGAGACGACGGAGGUGGCGGAGCGGAUACAAAAGUUCACCGCCAAGCUCAACGCGACGGACAGGCAGCGGACGGAGGCCGCCAUCCGGCACGUGCAGGCGCACGUGGACAUGGACGUCCUUCUCGGCGGGACGGCGGCGGGGGGGCUUGCCAGCCCCCGGCGAGGCGUCUGA